GGGACUGAGCUUCAGCUGAGCCUCAGGUCAGAGGCAGAGCAGCUCUGGGAGUUUGCAUAUCAGCAAGCGAAGAAAAGUUUUGACAAGCGGACCUGCGGGCGGCUUCUGUCAGCAGCAGCAGCUCAGCGUUCAGCCUGUGUGGAGUCUUUUCUCAGCGGGUGAGAGGUUGUGCAAUCCUCGGCAGUGUUCUGAGACUGUACGGCCCCAAUCCCCCAGCUCAAUCACCGCCAGCCUGGACUAACUGAACGCUUCACAGGUUUAAUGACUUCAUCUGUCAGCGGGCUCCUUGUGACCUGCGCACUUCGGUCUUAAACCUGCUUUUUCUCGUCUCCCUAUUUUUUUUAAAAUAUAAUUUUGUUUUAACUCUAAAGUUGGACUUUACUCAAGACUGUCGUGGAAACAGCAUUGCGAAAAUAUGACAGCCGAAAAGGAGAAAAAGAGGAGCAGCUCAGAGAGACGUAAGGAGAAGUCUCGCGAUGCAGCGCGCUGCAGGCGCAGCAAAGAGACGGAGGUGUUCUACGAGCUGGCCCACCAGCUGCCUUUAUCCCACAGCGUCAGCGCUCACCUGGACAAGGCAUCCAUUAUGAGGCUCGCUAUCAGCUUCCUCCGUACACGCAAGCUGCUCGCCAUAAGCUGCAGCAGCAGCAGCAGCGACGGUGAGGACAACGGACAGAUGGACAGCCUGUACCUGAAGUCUCUGGAGGGCUUCAUCACCGUAGUAACAUCAGAUGGUGACAUGGUCUUCCUGUCCGAGAACAUCAACAAAUUCAUGGGACUCACGCAGGUGGAGCUUACUGGUCACAGCAUCUUUGACUUCACCCACCCAUGCGACCAUGAGGAGAUCAGAGAAAACCUCAGUCUGAAGACGACUGGAAGUGGCUUUGGUAAAAAAUGCAAAGAGCUGAGCACAGAGAGAGAUUUCUUCAUGAGGAUGAAAUGCACGGUGACCAACAGAGGACGCACCGUCAACCUCAAGUCAGCCAGUUGGAAGGUGCUUCACUGCACUGGACAACUGAGGAUGUACAACAGCUGCCCUCCACGAGUGCUGUGCGGCUUCAAAGAGCCUCCGCUCACAUGCGCUGUCCUGAUGUGCGAACCGAUACCACACCCGUCCAACAUCGACACGCCGCUGGACAGCAAGACCUUCCUGAGCAGACACAGCAUGGACAUGAAAUUCACCUACUGUGACGAGAGGGUAACAGAGUUGAUGGGUUACACUCCCGAGGAUCUGCUGGGUCGUUCCAUCUACGACUUCUACCACGCCUUGGACUCAGACAGUGUCACCAAGAGUCAUCAAAACUUGUGUACCAAGGGUCAGGCAGUAAGCGGUCAGUAUCGUAUGCUGGCUAAGAACGGGGGUUACGUCUGGGUAGAAACCCAGGGAACUGUCAUUUAUAAUAGCCGCAACUCUCAGCCGCAGUGCAUCGUGUGCAUCAACUAUGUCCUCAGUGACAUUGAGGAGAAGUCGAUGAUUUUGUCCCUGGGGCAGACGGAGUCCCUGUUUAAGCCACGACACAUGAGCAGCUUCUUCAGUCCUGGAGUGGGCAUGAGCGGAGAGCCUGGAGAUGCCCUCUUCAGUAAAUUCAAAGAGGAGCCGGAAGAUCUCGCUCAGCUUGCUCCAACACCUGGAGACACGAUCGUUUCUCUCGACUUCAGUCGUGUUCAGUUUGAAGAGCCCCAGCAGCCAGCAUACUCCCAGGUGUCUGUUUCAGCCAUGGCCCCUCCGGGACCACCGUCCUGGGCCAGUGAGAGCCACAAGUCUGCCUCCAAUGCCUCUGGACCCCCAACUGCAGCUCCAGGGGACGUGGGUAAAAUGGCCGGUGGUUCGUUCACUGUGCAGCAGAAUCCUCCACCGGGCAGCGCCACUCCGAGCCUCAGCAGCUGCUCCACGCCCAGCAGCCCAGAUGAUUACUACAGCUCAGUGGAGAGUGACCUGAGGGUGGAGCUCACAGAGAAGCUGUUUGCUCUGGACACAAAGGGAGACAGUUCUGCAAACACUGAGAGGGACUUGAGUGAUUUGGACCUGGAGACUCUGGCUCCUUAUAUCCCUAUGGAUGGAGAGGACUUCCAGCUCAAUCCCAUUGUCACAGAGUCAGAGGCCCUGGAGGCAGCUCCAGCAGGAUCCAUGGGGAGCAACACCAGCCUGCCCCAAACUAACCAGACCACCCAGCAGAGUUUCAACAAUGUGGCCAGCCUCUUACAGCCCCUGUCCACCUCCUCCCAAUCCCCAGGCCACUACCAGCGUGCGGCAUCUUCAUCCUGGGCUGGAGGGGAAAAGAGAGUCUCCAGCCAGGGGAAUGCAGAUCCCCAUGGAAGGUCAUACAUGAUGGGGCAUCUGCACAAUCCCCCAUACCAGGCCCCAGCCAGCUCCCCGCUGUCCUCCAUGGGUGGCAGUCAGAAUCUGCAGUGGCCACCAGACCCGCUGUUGACUUACCAACAACAACCACGGCCCACCAAAGCCUGUCUGAUGGACACGAUGUUGGAAGAACGGCCAUCCUGCAAGCAGAACAUGCCACAUGGCAUGCAGAAACAGAGGUCCAUCGACAACUUUGUACAAGCUUACAGAGACAUGAGUCCAGCCAGAGUGGCCAUGGCCAACAGUAUGAAGCGCUCCUUCAGCCAGAUGGCUGUGGGUGAAAGCAAGCUGCCAGAGUUCAUAUGGAAGAAGAUAAGGAGUGACAGUUGCAUGGAUCGUUCCCUCUGUGCAGGAUCACUGGCAGAGUCGGAGAUGGCGAGAAUGAUGCCAGGGAACAUGGCUCCAUGUCUCAACUCGCUGCAACAACACAGGAAGUCACUGUACGCAGGAAAUGGGAUAAGUGGUCGAAAUGAAAAAGGCUUUCCCCAAAAGAGCUGUGACUACAGAGAGUAUAACAUGCUGCCUUCUAACAAGUGUGAGGGCAUAGCCAGUCGUUUGCUGGGGCCUUCAUUUGAACCCUCCUUUCUGCCGGAGUUGACCCGCUAUGACUGCGAGGUCAAUGUCCCGCUGCAGGGCAACCUGCACCUCCUCCAGGGCUGUGACCUGCUGAGAGCCCUGGACCAGGCCACCUAGAGCCCCAGAUUCAAACACCGACAUAAACCUGGACUUACUCCCUGCCCUGAGCCUCAACCUGCAGCACGAGACUUAAGCCUUUCUUUACCUUUGUACCUCUAGGCCUUCUAUGAGCCCUAAAGCUCAGCUAACUAUAGAGAAUGGUAUUAAUGGCCACAUCCUGCCUUAUUUAGCCCCACACUCUUUUCCCCAUCCCUUUUUAAGUUCUCUGUGUAGAUCAAGCUGAGUUAUCAGGGUCAAGCCACAUGCACCCCUUUCCCUGCCAAGCUCUUGACUCAUAUCAGAUGCAGGUUGACCACCAUUGAGCCAAACAUCAAAUGACCCGCAUGUAUAACAAACGAUCACUGGUCAAAAAGAAAAGGUCAAUGCUGCACAUUUAAUACAUGACAAUGGUCACACCAUCACAUUAAUUAUUUAAGAGUUUUGACACUGGGAUCUCACCGGGUUUGGUAUAGAUGCCAACAGGGUGGCAAAGCUAUGUUUGAAAACACAUCCUGAACUCGGGUCUCUGGUGUAAAGGGGUGUUAGUGGUGUGGAAGAAAACCUUCCUCAAAGGCCAGCUCUGCUCAAACAUCUACAGCCACAUCACCCUGACUACCAGCCGAUUCCUGCUUAGGUUUAGCAAAGCGGGAAUCUGUGAGCAGUGGGUCUCUGACCUACGUCCUGAUAUGGACUCUAUGCAGCUCAGAUCCCAGCCCUACUGCUCUUCUAGCUAAAGCAUUUGGCUCAGAAGAGAAGAUCUUAUACUACCUACACAUGAACAGAGACACGGUCUUCUUUCACAUUUGCAUGUUUUACCAGCAACUUGUAGACACGGCGCAGUUGAAGCUUCAAGCAAGAGUUGGGUAUCAUGAACUGUGGUAAAUUGUAGCCAUUUUAAAGAUUUCUUAAGAAUCCUUUACACUAUUGUAUUCUCAUUAUGGACACCCAAAGAUGAUUUCUUUUUAAUCAUAGUGGUGCAAUAUGCUGGACUGGAGUACUUUACAGUGUGGCCAGAUGUAAUGUUGUAACUUUGCGGUAAUCUGUAUUAAUUUCAUUUCCUGUAUGCCCAAGACUUAAAAUAUACUCCAAUUUAAGUAUUAUUCUAAUCUUUAGAGAAUUAAAGGUUGCUUUAUUUGAAAGGCUAUGACCAGAACCAGAACUGCCGAGCAGAAUCGGAAGCGGUAAAAGUGAUACCCAGCCUUGCUCAAGCCUUAUCCACAUAUUCACAUUCAUCAGCCUGUCUCGUUUUGUCUGAAUCCAUCCCAUAAAUCACUGUAGCAUAUCUCUGCUGCUUUAGUAGAUAAACUAGUAGCAUUAGAUCUGUAUGUUUCAAAUGACAUAUCAUUAUUGUAAAUAGUCUUUUCUUCUUUUCCUGAAUUGAGAUAUUGAAGCUUUUAUGAAACUCCCCCAGUUUAUUCAAUCCAAACUGACCGGACACUUCACCACAUUAACACUGCCUUUUCUUCUUCUUCUUUAGUUCUUACUCAACGUACUACAUUCUCUUAUUUUCUCUGUCUCUCACUCUCUCUCUGACACUGUAAUAAACAUAUUGCAAUAUAUGUAAUCUGAACAUUUAAGAUUUAACAUCUUCAUCUUAAAUCUGUCUAAACACGCUUUCCUCACUUUAGUGUCUCAGUCAGGUAAGUAGCUUGUGUGGAUACAGGGUUAUUUUCUUAUUGUGCAAUUAUUUCAUUGAGCUAAAACUUAGAUUGUCAGUAACAAAGCUAGACUUUAUGUACAUAAUCAAUAGCCUGCACAAAGGAAUGUGACAUGCACACACUGUAAGAGUUCAUAUGAUUAAAUGUUAUUAGCAAACACACAUUUUAUGCAAUACAGGAAACUAUAAAGACCAGACCAGUGGUGUGCACAGACUAUGAGGGGACCAGGGACUGUUUGAAAAAGGGGGGCACCUAUGUGUGGUGGGGGUGUUUUGGUUUCGUUAUUGUCCUGCACCUGUACUUGGGGAAGCUUUAAGAAAAAGUUUGCAUGAUUUGCUGAAUCCUGUCGUGCCACGGUUUUACAUUUAGUUUGAGACACUUAUUGGUUUGAAUUAUGUACAGUGCACAACAAAAUUGUUAGCAGACAAGCUGUACAAUCAUUGUAGGAAGCACAGCUUGAAAAAGAAAUGUGGUUUGCAGAAUGCUUAGAGAAUGGUCAGGCGGUAAAGUAUGUGAGAUUUGUCACUGGUAUGCUCUUUUAAGCCAACUGGAGAGCAUUUGAGCCCAACACAGGGGGCACUUGGGCUAAUCACAAGUGCCGUGGGAGGGAUCAAAAGGGCACUUUAGCUGAUCAGGUGGGCACUUGAGCUGUCUAGACGGGCAGCUGAGGGGUGUUUUUUGGGGGACCCAGUAGAGCCGAAAUAGCGCUUAGCUUAAGCGGCUCUAGUAACCUCUGUUGCCCCUUGGUGUUUUAUUAGGGCAAAAGAUCAUGAUUGGAUGUCGUCCCCCGCCCCAACCUCCUGCGCACACCGCUGCACAUAACAGACAGGGUAAAGACGGCAGCGUUGACAUGAUCACUUACUCAUUCAGACAAUGCAUAUGUACAUAGCAGCAGCCAUGGUUUCAAUGCAGUACAGCAGCCUGUGACAUGACUUGAAAGUGGAGUUUAUAUAAUUUUCUUAAAGAUUAGGACAAGGCCAGUUUUUCUUUACUCACAAACCAAGUGGCUGCCAGUUACAGAAAGCUUUAAGGCUUUGAUUAUUACUUGCCAUAAGAGCAGAUUUUGAAACUAAUUUUUCAUCCAAACAUUGUCAGUAUGUCUUCAGUGAAAUACAGUUUUUCUGUUCUUUCCUCUCAAAGUAUUUUCUUAAGCUCAGUCUAUAUUUUUGAGGUAAUUGUUUCUGUGUGGUGACCACUUUGAGCUUUGUACACAUAUGUUAUGUAUUUAAAACAGAACUAAUGUUAAAGAUGGUGUUUUUCGUGUUUGUGUCCUGGUACUUUGUCCUUACCUUACCCCCCCAUAGAUGCAGUUAGAGCCAGGCCCUCACAGUGCUGUUUCUUCUUGUGCUGUUUCUGUGUUGUGGUGGCAUUUUUUUUUUUUUAUUCUAUCCUAAAAUAUCCAUGGAAUCUGUUGGCUGGCCAGUACUGUUGUUGUUCUUGCUUUAAAAAAAACAAGAAAAAAAACCCCAACAAAACAAGAGGUAAAUAUCAGUUUUCUAAGUUUCACUUUUCAGAUAUGUAGCAUUUUGAAUAUUGUAAGGAAGGUGAAGUUGCCACAUUGUUAAUCACAUAGUUUUCCAGUUGCAUAUAUAAAAGCAAAAGGUGCUUCAUAGACAUUGUAUCAUUGUCAUUUGUAGAACUUUUAUUACAUCUCUUGGAUCCACUAACACUGUAUUUUGAUGUUCUCCGCCUGAUGUGCUCAACUUCUUUCAAGUUCAUUUUAAUCAUUAUGAUGUGCCUUAUGACUUUAUGGUUGUCUCAACAUACCGAGGUCACCCUUCAAGUGCCACAGUUUGUUCCUUUAGAUCUGUAGAUGGCAUACUGUAGGUCUGCAGGGGAUGAUUAUCAAAUGCAAUCUUAACUUGACAUUGCAUCUUAAGUUAAAGGUAAAUUAUUUUCUCCUGUUUGCUGCAUGAAUCUAAAUUUGGAUAUGAAAUUGAGAUAUUUUCUCACAGCCAAGUAGAAGAUAUCAAUCUAAAAAUAAAACCCCCAUAAGUUGUUUUUUUUUUUGUUUUUUU